AUGCGAAACCUGACGCCCAUCGUCACGCACUAUCUCGAUCACCUCAUAGCUCACCCCAUCUCCACCUUACUGCAUCCGAUCCUAUUCCUACCUCACCCCCACCUCAACCCACUCACCUCUGAUCCUCCUCGGCCACCUCACCCCAUCUCACCCUGCCCUCAUUCCUGCCUCAACCCCGACCUCACCCAUCUCAAGCUACCUCCACCCCAAUCUUCACACCUGCCUCAUCCUACCUCACCCUAUACCUCACCCCACUCACCGCAGGCCUCAUCCACCUACGCAGCUGUCAACCAUCCAUCUCACCCUGGCCGUCAUCCUACCUCACGCCAAUCUAAACCCUGCCUUACCACCUCCCGAUCUCAAGCUAUCAACCCACCAUCUCACUGUCACCUACUCACCCAUCUCACCCUCUCAUCUACACCCAUCUGCCACUCCUGCCUCAUCACCAUAGCCUCACCCAUCUCAACAACCUCACCUCCCCGCCUGCCUCGCACUCCUAUCUCUCACCCCAUCUCAACACCUCCUGCCCUCCUAUCCUACCCGAUCUUCAGCCUUCCAACCUCCCCACACCCCCAUCUCAAACUGCCUCAUCCUGCCUCAGGCCACCUCACCCCAUCUCAACCGCCUCAUCUCGUGCCUCACCCCACCUCACCCCAUCUCAACCUACCUCAACCCAUCUCACCCUGCCUCAUCCUACCUCACCCACCUCACCCUGGCCUCAUCCUACCUCACCCCCCUCACCCUGGACCUCAAUCCAUGCCUCACCCCACCUCACCCCAUCUCAACCGACCAUCACCCCAUCUCACCCUGCCUCAUCCUACCCACCCCACCUCCCCUGCCUCAUCUGCCCUCACCCCACCUCCCCCAUCUCAACCUACCUCACCCCAUCUCAACUGGCCUCAUCUCCACCGUCCACCCCAUCUCAACCUACCUCCCCCUCUCACCCUGGCCUCAUCCUCCUCACCCCACCUCACCCCAUCUCAACCUACCUCACCCAUCUCACCCUGCCUCAUCCUACCUCACCACACUCCCCCAUCUCACUACCUACACCCAUCUACCCACCUCACCCUACCUCACCCCAUCUCACACCCUGCCUCAUCCUACUCACCCACCUCACCUGCCUCAUCUACCUCCCGCCCAUCCACCCUGCAUCAUCCUACCUCCCGCCCAUCUCACCCUGCCAUCAUCCUACCUCACCCCAUCUCACCCUGCCUCAUCCUACCUCACCCCAUCCUCAACCUGCUCAUCCUGCUCAGGCCACCUCAACCCCAUCUCAACCUGCCUCAUCCUGCUCACCCCACCUCACCCCAAUCUCAACCUACCUCACCCCAUCUCAACCCUGCCUCAUCCUACCUCACCCACCUCACCCUGCUCAUCCUGCUCACCCCACCCACCCAUCUCAACCACCUCACCCCAUCUCACCCUGCCUCAUCCUACCUCACCCAUCUCAACCUAACCGUCCCCCAUCUCACCCUGCCUCACCUCCCUCACCCGCACCUCACCCAUCUCAACCUACCUCACCCCAUCUCACCCUACCUCAUCCUACCUCACCACAACCUCACCCAUCUCAAACCUACCUCACCCCAUCUUACCCUACCUCAACCUACCUCACCCACCUCACCUACCUCAUCCUAUCUCACCCUACGUCACCCUAACCUCAACCCAUCCACCCUGCCUCAUCCUACCUCACCCACACCUCCCCCAUCUCAACCUACCUCACCCCAUCUUCCCUCCUCAUCUACUCAUCCCAUCUCACCCCUCACCCAUCUCACCCUGCCUCAUCCUACGUCACCCCACCUCACCCCAUCUCAACCUCCUCAUCCUGCCUCAAGGCCCAUCACCUCACCCACACCUGCCUCAUCCUGCUCACCCCACUCACGCCCAUCCUCAACCCUACCCUCACCCCAUCUCACCCUGCCUCAUCCUACAUCACACCCACCUCACCUCAUCUCACCUCUGCUUCAUCCUACCUCUCACCCCAUCUCACCCUGCCUCAUCCUACCUCACCCCAUCUCACACUCCUCACCACCUCACCCCAUCUCACUGCCUCAUCCUACUCACCCCAUCUCACCCUGCCUCAUCCUACCUCACCCCAUCUCACCCUGCCCUCAUCCUACCUCACCCCAUCUCACCCUGCCUUCAUCCUACCUCACCCCAUCUCAACCUACCUCCCCAUCUCACCCUGCCUCAUCCUACCUCACCCCCACCUCACCCCAUCUCAACCUACCUCCCCAGCCCCUCCUCCUCAUCACAUACCUCACCGCACUCUCACCCUGCCUCAUCCUUCACCCCACCUCACCCCAAUCUCAACGCCUACCUCCCAGCCCCCUCGACCAACAACCUGCCUCAUCCCUGCUACCCCCUCAACCCCAUCUCAACCUCCUCACCCAUCUCACACCCGUCUCUCAUCCUUACCUCAACCCACCUCACCCUGCCCAUCCUACUCAACCUCACCUCACUGCCCACACCUCUCACCCUCCCUCACCCUCCAACUACUCACCCCAUCUCCCAAUGCCUCAUCCUACCUCACGCCCACCUCACCCUGCCUCAUCCUGCCUCAACCCCACCUCACCCCAUCUCACACUACCUCACCACCAUUCUCACACUGCUCAUCCUACCACACCCCAUCUCAACUACUCUAUCCCAUCUAGCCCUUAUCCAUCUUUCUUCCCAUGA